AGAGAGUAGAAUUCAAAAACCUUAUAAAAAGGGGUCUCCCAUGACUCCUAGAUCUUCACACGCCACCCUUCAUCCUUGUCCCUGUCAUCCACUGCAACAAGUGGCUGUCACUCUAGUAACCUCCUGGGUGGGUGUUUGUUAUUAUUAUCACCUCCAUUAAUGGCUGCUAUAAGGAGCUUAUUGAAGAAAAGUUCAUCAUCAAUCCCAGCAUGUAAUGAGCUGAUGAUGGUUAGAAGAUUGUUCUCUGCAGAAGCUGCUACUGUUGCCUCUGCUUCUUUUGCUCAAAGACUCAGAGAUCUGCCAAAAGAUCUUCCUGGGACGAAAAUCAAGACACGAGUUUCCCAACUCAUUGGGAUAACUCCACUUGUGUAUCUUAACAAAGUGACCGAAGGAUGUGGAGCUUAUAUAGCUGUCAAGCAAGAGAUGUUUCAGCCCACUUCUAGCAUCAAAGACAGACCGGCAUUGGCAAUGGUUGAAAAUGCUGAAAAAAAGAACUUGAUUGCUCCUGGGAAGACGACUUUGAUAGAGCCGACAUCUGGUAAUAUGGGGAUAAGUAUGGCAUUUAUGGCAGCCAUGAAAGGAUACAAGAUGAUACUAACCAUGCCUUCUUACACUAGCUUGGAGAGAAGGGUGACUAUGAGAGCAUUUGGAGCUGAGCUAAUUUUGACUGACCCCACUAAGGGAAUGGGAGGAACAGUUAAGAAGGCAUAUGAACUUUUGGAAUCCACACCAAAUGCUUUCAUGCUUCAACAGUUCUCAAAUCCUGCCAAUACUCAGGUCCAUUUUGAAACUACUGGCCCUGAAAUAUGGGAGGAUACACUAGGAAAAGUUGACAUCUUUGUCAUGGGAAUAGGCAGUGGAGGGACUGUCUCUGGUGUUGGGCAGUAUCUCAAGUCCCAAAAUCCUAAUGUUAAGAUUUAUGGAGUUGAGCCUACUGAGAGUAAUAUACUGAAUGGUGGCAAACCAGGUCCUCAUCACAUUACUGGCAAUGGGGUUGGAUUCAAACCAGACAUAUUGGACAUGGAUGUAAUGGAAAAGGUUCUGGAGGUUAGUAGCGAAGAUGCUGUGAAUAUGGCUAGAAGGUUGGCAUUGGAGGAGGGUCUUAUGGUGGGAAUUUCAUCCGGAGCCAACACAGUUGCUGCACUUAGACUUGCUAGAAUGCCUGAGAAUAAAGGCAAACUUAUUGUGACUGUUCAUGCAAGUUUUGGGGAGCGAUACUUGUCAUCUGUCCUGUUUCAAGAGUUGAGGAAAGAAGCUGAAAACAUGCAGCCAGUUCCUGUGGACUAAAUUCUUUCAGAUAUCUCGCUCAAUGAAUGGCAAUGGGCUCUUGUGCAAACAUGUGUCCCAAUGUAGUUAGUUGUUGAACCACGUGCAGCAAAAUAUGUCCACUCUGUCUAUACACAGGGUUUAAUCUCCAGAACAUUUGUGGUGAUAAAGUUUGCUUGUCUUUUAAAUAUUCGCAUCAGUUUCCAAUGUCACUUUUAUUACGAGAAAUCACAAGAUACUCAAAUUUUAUUUGAUUAGUGGAAAUUAAAUUAUUUUCCUUUCA